UGGCUCCAGGGAAGCAGUCAGCCCAGAAAGCCCCAUCGUGGUACAGAAUGAGGAGCUGGACAGAGGCACCGUGGGGCUGAUCGCAUGCUGCUCACGUAAUGGGACUUAUUCUUUUAAGCAGGGAUAACUUGAAAUCAUGAGGCUUUCCACUCACGUCUGAAAAAUGCACAGUGGAGCAUUUACCCUAAAAACAAAACAAGUGUGGCAUCUCCCCCCUCCCCAGAGGGACAGGCUGAGCGACUGCGAGAGGAAAACCCACAGCAGCCAGCAGUGAGGACGCUGGGACGCAGCUUGUGCUCCACGCUCUGCAGUGACCAUGUCCCCUCCGCUCACCUCGGACCUGGGCUACGUGCCCCCCGACGGCGGCUGGGGCUGGGCAGUGGUGUUCGGAGCCUCCAUCUCGGUGGGGUUCUCGUACACCUUCCCCAAAGCUUUCACCAUCUACUUUAAAGAGCUCCAGGCUUUUUUCAGCAUCUCCUAUAGCCAGCUUGCCUGGAUCACAUCCAUCAUGUGCGCUACCACCUACGGGGGAGGUCCCAUUAGCAGUAUUUUAGUGAACCGCUAUGGCAGCCGACCCGUGGUUAUCCUCGGAGGCCUGCUGUGUGGCAUUGGGAUGGUCUCAGCUGCCUUCUGCACCAGCAUCCUGCAGCUCUACAUCUGCGUGGGCUUCAUUACGGGACUGGGACUUGCUCUCAACCUCCAGCCAUCAGUGAUAAUCAUAGGGAGAUACUUUUUUAAGAGAAGACCUAUCGCCAAUGGCCUUGCUAUGGCAGGGAGCCCCGUGAUGCUCUGCACCCUGGCUCCUCUCAACCAGUUCCUUUUUGACAAUUAUGGCUGGAGGGGCAGCUUUUUAAUUCUUGGGGCAAUUUUAUUACACUGCUGUGUUGCUGGAGCUCUCUUCAGACCCAUCAGUGCAGACAAAGCCUCAGUCAAAACCCAAUCAAUUGAGGAAGGGAAGGAGGUCCUGAAAGAAGAAGUUACUAAGGAUGCCAUAGAAACGAACAGUCCCACUAACAUCCCUAUUGAGACCAAAACAGAAGAGGAAGAAGAAAGGGACUGUUGUGAAAAAGUCAAUAAGUACCUCGAUUUUUCCCUCUUUAAGCACAGAGGGUUCUUGAUUUACUUGAUUGGAAAUGUGCUCAUGUUCCUGGGCUUCUUUGCCCCCAUUGUUUUUCUGGCACCCUACGCAAAGCACAUCGGCAUUGAUGAAUAUUCAGCUGCUUUCCUCCUUUCAAUUCUUGCUAUUGUGGACAUGAUUGCCAGGCCGACCACUGGCAUCAUUGCAAACAGCAAAUGGGUGAGGCCACGGAUUCAAUACUUCUUCAGCUUCUCCAUUGCUUUCAAUGGCACUUGCCAUCUUCUGUGCCCGUUGGCUUCUGGCUACACAGGGCUCGUUAUUUACUCCAUCUUUUUUGGCUUGGCCUUUGGCAUGGUUUGUGCCAUGCUUUUUGAAACUCUCAUGGACCUUGUGGGAGCUCCCCGCUUCACAAGCGCUGUUGGCUUGGUCACCAUUGCGGAGUGCUGCACGAUAUUGCUGGGACCACCUAUUGGAGGAACACUUAUUGAUACCUUUGGGGACUAUAAAUAUAUGUUCAUUAAAUGUGGGGCUGUGAUGGUGCUGGCAGGAACGUUUCUGUUCAUCAUGAAUUACUAUAAUUACCGUAUGCUUGCCAAGGAGGAGAAGAAAAGAAAGGCAAAGGAAGAGGAUACUAAACCUGUAAGGACAGAAAAUGAAGGCAGAAAUAACUGGAACAAAGAACACGUACAGGCUGGACCUGAGUUAGAACCUCUGAGAAAGGAACAAGAAGGACUAAAGAAAGAAGCAAAUGGCACAAAUGAAGUUUAAACCUGUUCUCAUGGGCUGAACAGGGAAUUACUUCCAUGUUGCUUAUGUUGGCACUAGCUGUGAAAUCACACCAGAUUUUUAAAUUUUGCCACGUGCAUCCUCUUCUUUGUCUUAAGAGAAGACUAGAACAGAAACAAAUUUAGUUUCUUAUGAAGUGCUGGGACACAUAGCAGUGCCCAUCCAUGAACCAAAGGAUCUGAACCAUUUUUCUGCAGACAUCUCCCAUUUUCCAGAGGGCCAGUAACAAUCACCCUACUGUUACUCCCAGUAAUACAGCUCGGUUUGGUGAAAAGGGCAAUGAUCAUCAUGGUCAAUGCUGAGCCCUUCCGCCAGCUUGUAGGGGCUUUGCAUUGAGCACUGCGGUGGCUGGAUCUACUCACCAUGCAUUCCAAACACUUUGAUGCUUUGAUUGCAGCGUCAGAAUUAUCCCAGGGAUUUGGUGCCACCUUCCAUGGGCAGCUGCACCUCUCUCUCAUGGAAAAAGAAAAUAGACCAUAUGCUCAUCUUAAAUACGUCAGCUAGAGCCAACUGAACAGCACAAGGGCAGUACAUGCCUGUGCUGGCAGCAAAGCAGCCUGUCCCUGUGGCCAGAGCAUGCCAGGAAGGAGCUGACUCGGGGUGGCUCAUCAUAGCUUGACCAUGGAACUUCUCAGGGACCUCUGCACUUAGUAAAAUGGCAUUAUUCAGGAGGAAUACACCAAGCCAACGUGCUGCAGGAGUCCUUAUUCCAGGUAAUUUGUCUGUGCAGGGCAGAAACUUAGUCUUAAAAUGCUUAAAUACUUUUUUUCCUUAGGAGGUUACAUAUUACAAACCAAUAUCUAAGUGCCUUACAGUCCUUAGCCUUUUAGUUUUUUUUACAACUCGCUGGUGAAGCAGUAAUUACAACUAGUUAAUUUUACAAAUGAAGAACUGAAAAGCUAUGGGCAUCGAGUCAGUGAAUAAAGCUUAGACAUGCUGCAGCUUAAAUGGGAUCCAUUGCCCUGAGUCAGGAGCCUUGGCUGUGUACAGAAGAAAGCAAUCGGCAGCUGAGGAGGGGAGCUGACAGCCUGCCAGCUGAGCACAGGCAUCCCACUACUGGAAAAGAGAAAAUACCAGCGAGUGUGCAUUAAACCACAGCCUGCCUCCUUUGUGCUUCUUGCUAUUUAAGCUUAAUGAUUUAAAACACUGUCUUACAGCUGGAAUUUAUGCCUUUUUUUAAUCCUUGUUAAGUUGCAUCCACCCCAGAGGGAAUCUGAACACAGCUGCCUCCACGUUUGCACCCAGUUAGUCACCAUCCCAUUGCUGGUGCUGCAAUACCUGGUGGCCUCUUGCCAUCCUGCUGCAGGAAAUACUGCUUCCCUUGGUCAGUGUUGCCAAUGUAGAGAUGAGGCCAUGUAGGAACCUAUCCUCCACUGGUGAUAAUGUUGAUCUGGGCUCUGACAGCAAGCACUGAUAUAUUUGUAUUAAGCAGCCAUUGCCUGAGAGCUGUGGAUGCUGAGCAUGGCAUCCCGUAGUUAAAUCAUAAGUCUUUUUGAAUUUAGCUCCAAGUGGCCAGAUAAAAACAAGGACUUUGGAGGCAGAUGAACCAAACCUGAAGUUCACAGCUGUCCAUGGGCCAGCUAUCACCAUUCUUUGCUUCAGUGGACCCCAUAUGUGAUCAAAUAAAGUCCUUUCUUUUUUUCUUUCAUGUCUUUAUCACCCAAUAACUGUAUUUAAUGAUCACUUACAUACGUGCUAUGAAGAAUGACUUGUAAAAAAAUCUUUCCACAGCUACACUGUCCUCUUAAAUGUAGAUCGCUCAUAGCUCAUACAGAAGUUCUGCAGUGAAAUCUUUUGUUCCACUGAAGAAUAAUGGUCAUGAUCUAGUGACAGCAGUAGGACUUGAAUUUCUUCCUUAUAUUGCAUUUCUUGGAAGAACAAAACUUGUACAAUAUAUUUAGCAUUUUGUUGCUGUAUUUUUAAUAGUUCUUAUUUCUGUCAAAUAUAUCUAUGACUGUUCAGUAAGAAAGGUGUUAAAAGGAGGUCCUGAACAUUUUCUAAUAUACCUUCUGAAUGCUUCGUUAUGCUUAAUAAAUCUCUUCUAAGAAAAUGAAAUUAUUUGACACUUGUUCAUUAUAGUCUUUCUGUUUGGUAAGUAUUUUAUCCUUGUAGGGUUUCUAGCCUUGGCUCCACGUGCAUGGUAAUACAACUCUGAUUUGCAGCCUCUGAUCCCAGGACUAGCAUCAGAAACUCCUUACAACACAUUUCUCAGACAUUCAGAUAUUUUCAGUGACUCAGGCCAGUCUGACUCACACCUCCAGUUGCAUGAGCCCAUAGUAAGUCUGAAAGUAGUUGAGUUCUAGUCAGUUAGUUCUAGCAACAACCACCCAAGACCCUCAACCAUCCUUACUGCAGGAGCUAGUGCUAAGGCUCUUUGUCUAAAAAUAAUCUUUUUAGAUCAUAGAACUUUGCUGAAACAGACAAUGUUUCUAAUAAAAAGGCUUUUUUUGUUUGUUUCUUUAGCUAUCUUUGAAAAUCCUCUGGAAGAGAUACACCUUUGUUAACUUGUCCCCAGGAGCAGAAAAAUGCUGUGUCGAAUAACCAGUGCUUUAUGGCUUCCAAAGUCUUUUAUAUUAAGCAUCUACUUCAUUUAACCUACUCAAGCCUCUUGUCAUAGAAACAAGUACUCUUUAAGACUGUCACAUAGGAAGCCAGACUAUCUUAAUGCAAUUUUGGAGGUGAAGGCUUUUUUUCAGGUUGGAUGCCUGCCUGUUCCCUGUCACUCUGUCUCCUGUGCCCACUGUGGGUUCAAACUUCAGAUCACAGCAUUUCACUGAUCAAUUCAGCAAAGCAAAGCUGUGUACUUUUAAGCAUGUGAGUAGUUCCAGAAAUGCUUUGCUGAAUCAAAUCCCUUGAAUUCAAUACCCUGCAGGCUCAAGAUGUAAUCCAGGCUUGGAAAACUCUCCCACUUUCCUAAGAACAUUUUUCAGUUAUUAAAAAUGUUUUGCGUGAUAUAAAAUAUCCAUUAAGGAGAGCGCUUGUGAAGGAGUAGAAGCUGCUUGCGCAUCUAAUGUAGUGAUUUGAGAGGCAAAUUGGACACA